UUUUCAGCUUUAUUGGGUUACUUUGAUUGGAAGCUUGGACAGUCGUGUCUGAACAUUAAAACGAUAGAAGGCGAAAGAGCCGUCAGCGGUGCGUACUGGCUGAAUAAAGCGGGAGCUUUAUUUCAGGUAAAUGUAUUAAGUGUUUGACACCUUUUUAAAGAAUUAAAUUUGGGAGCAAUUAAGGGUAUAGCCUGUUCUAGGCUCCGAGAUAGUCGGGUCCUCUGAAUUGAGAAGGCGCAAACACGAAAAUAAAACGGGAGGAAACUGGGGAGAGCGGUGGCGGCGGAGCCUGUAAUCAUUUCUUUGAACGACCCGUUCCGGUAUACCAGCUUGAUAGAUUAUAUCAACACUCUCAAAGCGGGUCGUUCCUGUCACUCAGAGAGACGGCGUGCGGCGUCCACGCGCGUGAAAUAGAGGAAUCCAAGAUAACUUCUGUGUUGAACGAAUGUCUACGAGAUUUCCCGCACAUGGGGGCGCUGAGGAAGGAACAGAAGACCUGCCUUGUGAACUUGGCGCGUGGAAAAGAUAUUUUUGUAAUCCUGUCGACCGGCUUCGGUCUUGCCUGAUAACAAAGUGGCAAUGACAGAACAGUCGCAAGAAGUUAUCUACGUGCUCCAGUCCAGAUUCACAUUAUCUUUAGAUCUCUUUAGAAGAACAAGCUGGAGUUUAAAAAUCAUUGCUUAAGAGCAAUCUUGACUGACUCACAACGUAGUUCUCCAUGUUUAAAGUAGCUUCAGUUUAAGCUGCAAUCGAUUCUUCGAAAUUUGGGUCUGUGAAUCACAAUCCGUGAGCAUUUCACAUCCUGCAAAAACACUAACGAGCUGGGCCCAGCGUGACAAAACUCUUUGUAGAAAACCAUCACAUCACAUUCACGGACAAAAGAAAAUCGCUUGGAGAAAAUUAAAUAACCUAAAACCCUUAUUUAGCCGCAAUGAAGAACUUUUAAGUUUCAAAAGAGGUCAAAGAAAAUGCGCUUGUAUCAGAGGGCAAACCAUGCCGACCAGAAACAAUAACCUCAGAAAAUCAAUAUGCAUGUCGCGACCUCUCAGCAUGAAACAGGCGGCAAAAAUCACAUAGUCUGCUCAGUCAAAAUGUGGACCCCUCCAGAGCAUAAUCUACCUGUAAGAGGAAAUAUUCACUAGAACAAGCAGCAUUUUGGCACAAGGUAAAAGUUGUGUGUUGCCUAUCGACCAGCUUGUUACACUCCAGAUUGCUCUGACUCGCAUAAGGGAUAAGCGCCGCGCAAAAUAAUGUCGCGAGAAAUUUGAGAAAUAUUCCAACUCAUUGACAUUUCGUCAAUGAGUUUCGUCAAUGAGUUCGUCAAUUUUUGUCGUUGUUGAGUGUUACGUAGUAAAAUUAAUUUCAUGCGUUACGUGACUUGCUCGAACGUUCUCUACGUUUUUGGAUUAUUCAUGAAUAAUUAAUUAGGGCAUGUUUACAUUUCAGCAUGAGUCAGCAGAUUUGCAUCAGUUACUGAAAUCAUAAAAUAUGUUGAAAAGCUACUACUAUUCGCCUGUUUAGUAUUUUCUAGAACCUUAUGUCAAACGGUAUACAAGUUCCAAGCGAGUUCUUUUGACGGACUAAGUUUGUUCCCAUGAGCUGGAGUGCUGUGUUUAGUCAAGUGUGAGGAAGGUCGAUUUUCAAGUUCUGUGUUUACAAGUUGGCGGAAGCCGUAAGAUGUCUGAAGUUCAAGUGAGAGUUUGUUAUUAUUGGCAGAGGCUGUUUAGUUUUACUUAAGUUCAAGGCAAGUUUGUGUUGGCGGAUGCUGUGUUUUAAAGAUCGGUAAAGACUAUGUUCCUUUGGUAUUAAACUUCCCCGUGUUAAUCCGACAUCCCUGCGUGCUGAUAGUCAGUGAAUAAUUAUCCUCAAAACAUUCGAACUCGUAACAUUGAGUUUUCGCCAAUUCCAUGUUUAACGUAAUUGACUCCUUACCCAUGCCUUACAUAUCUUUAAUCAGUACAUGAGACUGCUAAGCUAUUUUUGAAGCCUGAUGUGACUAAGAAAAAUAGAGAAUUCUUUUGUCACUGUCUGUUUUGUUAGACUUGUUAUUCACCACCAGUAACCUCAUAUUUGACUUAGGUCUAAACGUUUAGACUCAAGUCAAAUUUAGGAGGAUUUGUAUGGAGUCAUCAGACCAUAACUGGGCUAAUAUCUAAGAGACAAUUUGUCCCGAAAUGCUAGUUUUUUGGCAAGUGGGCCUCUUGGAUGUUGCUCUUUUCAGAAUAUCCCGACAAAUCCCACAAUUUCACAAAUAAAUUCCUUAUUCUUACCAUAGUUCAUUUCUUAGUAUCCCUCCGCAUUUACAAUAUUAAUCAGUUCCACAACCACCGAAGUGUACGCUCCUUAGCGUCUUGUUUGAUAACGGGUUACGACUUGAAGCGAGAGUUCCUGAAGGUACCAAAUCGCUUCUCAAGGAGAGGAUAAAUAUCCUGUCUAAGGUACAGUUCUACCGUUCAAUCUUAAAGGGAAAAAAUGGAAAUAAGGAGACCUUUUCUGUCUUUUAAAUUGGUCAUUAAACGCUCGAAAUCGGCAGUGACUGUUUCCACGGGGGUCCGCAUAUUCCAACCAUCGGUGCAGAUUCAAACAUUUCACUUAUACUACACACUUCGCUUGCAGAAGCUAUUAAGGUUUAAUGAAGUUUUCCUGUGGUAAGAUAAUUGCUCAAUUCCUCCUUUUGCUCCUCAGAGGUUAGUAUAAGGAAACUUUACUUUCCAAGUCUGUUCUACCUCACUUGAAAUUAUGCUUCUAGAGCUGAUACCGAGGUAUUCCAGCAACAAAAUACUUAUGGUGUAAAUCUUUUAUUAAUACUUUUUUUACUUUCCAUGGAAAUAUGCAACAUAAUCUUACUAAAUAGUCAGGAAAAAUGUCUAGACAGGUCAUAUUACUGAAGAGAGUACAAGAAGCACUGGGCCAGGAGAAAAAUAAUCAAACAAUAACAGGAAUACUUGAUAUCAAAAUUUCAUUUAGAAUUGUACAUUAGUUUCCAAACAAGAGUUAUUUUUCUAUAGGAAGUAGGUAAGGUAGGAACAUUUGGACCAGUUGUGAUAAUUGAUGACUGAUUGACUUUUUCAUGCACUUUUAUUAAGGGGGUUAGAUUAACAAUAAGUAAAACAUAUUCACUGAAGCACAAUGUGGGAAAAUAACCCUCUAACCCUAUUGUCAGAUGAUGUCAAGGACUGAACAGAAUACUAGUUCUAACACAAGACAUUCGGAGACAAAUGCUCUCCUCUAAGUGUGAAAAAAAUCAAAUUGGUCGUAGUUUUAUAUCACUGAAAAAUACAACCGGAAAUCCGUCUCCAUUCUCAGGCUAAAGGAAGCUUCCAGUGAUAAAUCGAUUCGAAGGCUAUGCCUGUUAUAACACAUUACUUUCUGUUUCUCUUCUAAACUCCUGUUUGUGAGCAGUUUCACAAAAAUAAUGUCUAGGUAUAAAUCCUCAUGACAUUGUCAAUAACAACAACAAAAAAAACAAGUAAAUGUUCUGGAGUGACCGUAGAUGUUUUGAUCGAAUGAUGAUGUCGAGGUCAAGAGGAUAAGUAGUAAUGAGAGGCCUGCUAGUCCACUCUUCAAUUCUGUUUACAUGUAAGCCUGGAAACGUCAUUGGUCUAAGUAGUGUUAAUCCUGUUGGUAGAACAGAAAAUGAUUAGCAUAACCGUUACAACUUUCUAGUCCAUACUACUGAAAACCUGUUUUAUAUACAGUUAGAUAGACUGUUUAGUUACUCUUAGUUAAAAAGUAAUUGAGUAAGGGAUGCAGUGUCUACAUGUAGUUAUGCACCAGUCAAAUGAAACCCCGGCCGUCCGACCUCCGGAGCAUAGCGGGGGGUAGCGGGGAUUUAACGUGGCCAAUGCCGGGAUUUAACCCACAUUUAACAACGUGCUGGCCCCGGGUGCGGUGGAAUUAACAAAAUGCCUGUUUGACCCAGGUCAUGAGUGGGGAUUUAACAGCACAUAUGCAUUUUCAGAAGCAGUGAUAGGAGCAGGGAUUUAGCAUAAGUGACUAGGGAAGAGCCUCUUUUCCCAAGGAGAGAUGAUGCUGCAGAGAAUGACAUUAAAAGCAUACAAGAAACAGGACAGGAAGGCACAUACUAGGUCGCUCUAGUCUCAGACACAGCUGAAAGGAAUACAGCAAAAUUAGAAUAUAAAAGCAAGGAGUUGCCGUUACUCAACAACAGAACACCUAGAAUGAAGUUGAUCGUCAGGACUAGACAAUUAGCAAAGAAACCAAGUGUCCACUCCCAAAAACCUAAAAGUGCACUGCGAGACAACACAAAGUAAACCUUGGAACGGAUGGAAGCAGAAGACGGAGACCCUAAACUUAAAAUUUUCUGGGGGAACAUACCCCCAGACCCCCCAAAGUUGCGUUGUUUUCUUCUCCACGUCGGUACUGUACACCCUCAAAAUCUCUCGCUACGCCUCUGGGAAAGUGAAAUACAUACACAUGCAGGCUUGAUAGUGCGGUUUGAAAUUACCGUGUUGGUGUCUUGUUUCAAAUGUUAACUUUCCCUACAAAUAACGUAACUUUCAGAAGGUGUACAAAAAAUUUAAAAGGGCUGAACAAAAAAUUAGUCACAUUAAACUUUGGGGGUAUGCCGAAAACAAUGACCCCCAGUCCAUGGAAACCCCACCCCCCAACGGACCCACCUUAACGGACCCCCAUACAGAGAAAAUAAUAAAAAUGACAAUUAGAGAUUUGACUUACCCUUUGUUUUGCUUUGGUUUUUGUCAUUGUUUCCUCCUUCACCGUGGUGAUGAAAGGAGGACCUGCGUACUACGAAAACGAACGAUAAGUUAGCUAACUUGUGUAUUCGCUGCCGACCUCCGAUUGCCUUCGAAAUUUUGUUCGGCUCAUUCCUCCUCGAGUUCAGUGACUCGUCACAGACAUCAAACCUACGACACAGUAUCAUCCCCGUUUUUCGUGCAAAAUAUUCCUAAAAGAAUUCAACUGCGGUAGGAUUCACCCAUCUUUCAUUUUUCUCAAAUUAUUGUGAUGAAGUGUGAAGGAACGCAAGGUAGAUUUUAAAUGACAUUUUCGCUGCCGUUGCCGUCCUGUAUCUUGAAUUUUUCAACACAAAAGAGUUUUUAAAAAGUUCUUUCGGCGAAAAAGAGAUGCAAUGUACCUAAUACGGAAAAAAUUGUUACCUUCCUUAUUUUUGAACUUCAUGUUAGUACUUUGUCCAACUCAAUGCUCGAAUGGUGAUGUCCACUUAACAGCUGGCUACUUAGUUGCCAAGCCUUUGAAUAAGAGUGAGGCUGAGGGUGACCUGCUUAUACGAAACUUGCUACCUUUGAUGUGUGGAUUAUUCUGUCUGCGGUUAUUCAGUUCCCCCUCUAUCAAUCAUAACAAAGUCGCCCUGCUGAAAGAUUUGGCAGCUAAACACAUAACUAUCAAGUAAAAUAAGGGGCAUCGCUAUCUAAUGGCAAUCGGCAUCUUUCUUUGUCGAAGGAGCACUAUUUUGUGAAGCUUGGGACGAGUCAAUGAACACGCGGGGGAAUGAACGGAACAAAAUGGCGGAGGCAAUCGGUGGUAGCGAAUGCACAAGGGAAAACACGAGUUAGCUAAGUCUUUUUCGCAGGUCCGCGAAUACACAAGUUAGCUAAGUUAUCGUUCGUUUUCGUAGUACGCAGGUCCUCCUUUCAUCGCCACAGUGAAGGAGGCAACAAUAACAAAAAACAAAACAAAACAAACGGUAAGUCAAAUCUCUAAUUGUCAUUUUUAUUAUUGUCUUUUUGUGGGGGAUCCGUAAAGGGGGGUCCGUGGACCAGGUCCGUAGGGAGGUCCAUGGACUGGGGUCAGUGUUUUCGGGUCACCCAAACUUUGGUACUGCCUCAAAAAGAUUGAACUUCUCCACGAGGUUUUCACGAGAUCAUUACAGAGUAAGCCUAACACUUCUCAGUAUACUUACAUACAUCUUAAUGAAUAAUCGAAACUAGAAAUACGUGUAUCGCAGAACCUCGCGAAGCUCGGGGGGAGCCCAUAAGGGGUGGGAGGACGGGAGAGAAAUGAAGUAAGUCAUGUAACUGGGGAGGGCGGGUCUAAUAUUGGAAGCUGAGAUGUACUUAAUCUCCCGUGGAUUAAAUUUGAACUUAGAGCACUGGCUUUAAAAAGGAUCUUCUGAGAUUUAAAUGGGGCUGCCGUUGUUAGCGAACGCUGCAUAGGUCCCAUUCUAUGUUCACCCGAUUUGAACCUCUUACAUGUGUAAUUAUGGUCAAAAGGAAAUGGGGGUGAUAGUGGAUAACUGCCCGCUAAUAUGCAGCUGCAUUUGCUUAAUAAAAGCUCACCCUUAAGUGUAAUAAUUAUUUUUGAAAUGUGUCAGUAGUAGUGAGUGGAUGGCAAUGCUAGGCGAUAAUGCUGCAGUGAAAACAACGACUAAAUGCUGGUAAUUGGAGAAAAAUUGAAAUCUUUAUUUAUAUUACGUUGCUGCAUCACCAAAGAUACAUGUUCCUGUUACAGCUGCAAUUAUACGUUUUAACCAUAAUCCGUGUUACAGUGCGUAGAAUACAGAAACUUUUAGGAGAAAGUCCACAUUUUGUAAGUUUAAAUAUACCGUUCUUAGUAAAGAGUACAAAGAAAGUCAUCGUUAUAAGCUUACAGGGAUUGUAGCGAAUGAGCCAUACACUGAUCAGUUGUACUUGUACAAAAACACGCUAAAACAAACGAAAUUUCAAGACAAAACAGUGAAAUCCACUCAGCUUUCGCUUGUUCUCGUUUCCAGAUCUUUCUAGACCGUACGACGCAUGCGUGAAGCGUGGAAGUGGGAAACGUGUUCGGUCUCAGUCUUUUCGUCCGAGUCGGCAGUCAAAUUUCUCCAACACCGCGGCAAAACGCACUGCGCAUGAGCACAAAAUUUAACAUCCGGUCAGCUUUUUAUUUCCGGUCUAGUAUUUAAACCAAUUGCUUAAGCAUAACUUUGCCGUCGCGCCAAGUUAAAAGCAAAAAGGGAGAAACAGACAAAAAAAGGGGGCGAAAAAAGUCACUUCAUUCGAUAGCUGAUAUAUUUUUCUAGUGUCAAACUUUUGUGCCACAUGGUUAACUGUUUGCACCAACGCUGAAAAUGAUGUUUGAAGUUUGCAGGUCGCGAGCGCUCGACAAGACGAAUUUGUUUUUACUGGCUUUCUUGCAUGCUACUAGUUUGGCAUAAGUUAGUUUGGGAGAAGGCGAUAACUAAGAAAAGAAUAACAAUACUUAUUAAAAAAAAUAAAAAUAAAAACCAGGACAGCUCAUCUAUAACAGAUUUUCGUAACCAACCUCACUUUAACAAGAUGGCAAAAUUAUAACGGAGGAAAUUGAAACGAAUAAAUAUACUAACCAUUUUUGUGGUUCAUUCCAGGACAUUUAUUGUAUGCUAUAUGGAUUCUGUGAGAUAUAACCUUUUUUUAAUAGCCAAGUUUUCUCAUGCUUUUUAUCCAGAGAAAAAACAGUUUUUGUCGAGCGAAAUACCGCACCGCACACACAUAAUUUUCCUAACUUGGAGUCUCAGCUUAAUUCUUCAAAAACAUUUUUUGCGGAAUUUUCACGUAGUAAUCAAAAUACACUUACCUCUGCCGUUGAAAUGUGAGGUAAAAAGUAUCCUCGAUCAAAAUAGAAGCCACAUUGUUGCUUCAUUCACGGGAAAAAAUAAGCUUAAAGUGUUCACAUAAAAAACAACAACACCGCCAUUUUCGAAAAUUCUGCUCGUCGAACAGCUUCACUUUGCUGUGACGUCACUAUGGCCAAGAGAAUUGAACAGCCACGCUGACGAGUUUAUCAUUCCCUCCUGAGAAAUACGCGUUUAUGGUAAUUUUCCUCAAAGGUAUCUUUUUGUCUUUAAAUAUUCAUGAUAAAUACAGCUCCACCAGCUUCAAACAGCAUCAACGGGCAGAAUGUCACGGCAAAUACUUUAAAUUAUAAGUUUCCCUAUCUAAAUAUAGGCUGGCAGCGUGGCUCAGUGGACUAGGACUGGAGCUUACGUGUAAAUGGUCCAGGUUGGACUCUCGGCGACGGUAUUUUUUCUUUGUUGUACAACUGGUUUUUUUCGUUUAGUUUUAAUUUUAAAAUCGUCUUUUUCCCCUUCUGUUUGUUUCCAUUUAUUUUGAAUGCUGGCUCUUAACAGCUUCGCGAGGUUUUUACGACAAGCGUAUUUCUGUGAAAAUUAGUUUUAGCUGUUCUAAUACUUCAUGAUAGUAAAAACUCAGGAGGAUCGAUAAAUAAGGUACACGGGUUUCGUUACAGGUGGUAAAAUAAAGGGUCUGAUACUAGAUUUAAUGUCCACUGUCCUUUUUCACAGGUUUAUUGCCAAAUGGAAUCUGACAACGUCUGGACACUGUUUGGGCGUUUCUCUAUGGAGGACGCUCAGAACUGGAUGAAAGACAGUGGUGAAUGGUGGUAUGACAAGAAUGUUUCAGCUGGAGAAACAGCAGAUCCAUCAAGCAACAAGGACAUGAUUUCUCCAGCAUUCUGGCUAGUCAGCGGCAAUGAAAUUAAGAUCGCUCGUAAUGAUGAUCCUCAACACAUUGCUCUGUUGCAAACCACAAGUGACUGCUUAGGUGGACAGACAUGCAGAUUGAAAAUAACAAGCUACGGUGACUUCAGGAACGGCACGACUUGGGGGAAUAAUAGGUGCCUGGGAAAUUGUACAGUUCAGUUCGGUGGACAAUAUGAAACUACUCAAGGUUUUGGGAAAGCGAAGUGUAAUGGAACCAUUCUGAGUGGGGAUAAGAUCGGUUUCUGGUGCGACAGAGGGGGAUGGGAUGGGGCGGUUGUGAUGAUCGGUGGCGUCGGAGGAGUUAUCUGUGAUCGUACCUUUCAUGGGCUGGGAAUUACUGCGGCGAAAACACCGUCCUUUUUAAAUGGCGACAGAGCAGAACGAGACUUCGGUAAUUCACCAUAUUAUGCUGACUACACCAGGGAUUACUCUUUAAACCUUUGGAUCCAUUAG